AUGGUGACUUUUCAACACAAGAUUAAGAUAUUGCAACUGCAGUGGAAGAGGCAAUCUCUAGGAGAGUUGAGUGAUGUAGAAUCAAGAAUGCUGAAGGAGUACUUCGAAACUCCCCCAGUCGGUGUUAUAGAUACCACGGGCAAUAAUUGGCUAUGUAAUUGGUGGCGGAUACGCAAGGAUGAGUAUCGGCAGAUGGCAGCAGUAGCCAGGAAUUACCUGGCAAUACCUGCCUCUGAAGUUGCUGUUAAGAAGCUAUUUAGCGCAGCAAGGGAUGUCUUAGCAUAUUCGGGCGAAGCCCUCACGGAUAUUGACAACAGCACGCUUCUCCGAAUCCCAGUAAACCCGAACAUGAAGCUAUUCCCGGAUCACGAGCAGACACCCGAUAUCCGUUGGAACCGGAGCUCGAGAGAGAAGUCCGUAUCACAACCGGACACUCAACAUCCGUUAAACCCGGAAUUCCGGAAUUCUUCCUGA